AUGGCCGCGGCGGGGGCGACCUUGGGCAUCGCGGGGGGGCUGGUGAGGACCGGCGCUCGGGCCAUCGGCCCUCCGCGCCCCAAUCUACCCGCCGCCGCCGCGCGAGGCCUCGGACGUGCCCGGAGGCUUCGCGCCGGCGCGUCGACCUCGUCGGCGACGAACGAGGCCCGCGCGGGCGAGGACGACGGCGACGCCCCGCACGUGCCCGUGCUGAUGCGCCAGGUCCUCGACGCCUUCGAUGGCCGGUCCUUGCGAUGCUACGUGGACGGCACGAUGGGCGCGGGCGGUCACGCGUCCGCCAUCAUCCGCGCGCAUCCCGAGCUUCGCACGUUCGUCGGCUUCGACCUGCGCAUCCACACGGUGCAGUCCAACUUUCGGCACAUGCGCGAGCGACUGGCGGAGCUCCAACUCGCCGAUGGCGGCGUCGACGCGAUACUGAUGGACCUCGGCGUGAGCUCGAUGCACCUGGACACUCCGGAGAGGGGGUUCUCGUUCAUGAACGACGGUCCGUUGGACAUGCGCAUGGGCCCGUCCGCCAAGAUGUCCGCCGCGGACGUCGUCAACGAGUGGCCCGAGGAGGAGAUCGCUCGCGUCAUUCGCGACUACGGCGAGGAGAAGCACUGGCGGCUGUUGGCGCGAAGGAUCUGCGACGCGCGGGGGAUCGCGCCCAUCGAGACCACGCGACAGCUGGUGCACGCCCUCGGCAGGAUCCCGGGCGUCAAGAAGGGCAGGAGCGGGGGUAUUCACCCGGCGACGCGAACGUUCCAGGGGAUUCGCAUCGCGGUGAACGAGGAGUUGGCGGUGGUGGAGGAAGCAAUCCCGGCGGCGGUGGACGCCCUCGCGCCGGGCGGGCGUCUGGCGAUCAUCACCUUCCACUCGCUCGAGGAUAAGCUCGUGAAGCGGGCGUUUCGCACGUUCGCCGGGAUCGCGCCCGCGAGCGACAGGCCGCUGUCCGCGUGGGAGCCGCAGCCCGAGGCGCCGCCGAAAAUCGUCAAGCUCGUCACGCGCAAGCCCGUCGUCGCCGACGACGACGAGGUGGGGGCCAACGCGCGGAGCAGGAGCGCCAAACUCAGGGUGUGCGAGAAGCUCUAG